AUGUCAGGGAAAGGUAAAAAACCAUUGACUGAAAAAACUGAAGUUAUGAAAAAACAUUCAUCAUUAGUGAAUAGUGGAGAAGUAGAACAACCAACUAUAGGGAAUGUUUUUGUUCAAUAUGAUACAGAAGGGUUUAAUAAACUUGACACAGAACAAAUACGUAAUUAUUUACAACAUGAAAAGAAAUUAUUUCUUAGUGAUGAUGAGAUUAAAGAACUUAUGUUCGAAGUUGUACUUCAUAGUGAUAAAGUACCAAAAACAGAAUUUGGUACAUUAGACAGUAAUAUUAAUGAAAAAAGAGAUGAAUUAAUGAAUAAAAGUAAUGAAAAUAAUACACCUACACAACAACAUGAAUUAUGGUUAUUAUCAGAAAAAGAAGUUAUUCCACAAAGUGCAUUAGUAUUUGAUGCAGGAGAUAUUGAAGUUGAUAAAGAAGAAAAACCAAGAAGAAUUAAACCAUUUACAACAGGGGAUUAUCCUGGAUCUGAUCAAAAAGCAGAGGAUAGAGCAGCUAUUGAUACAAUAUUUGCAAAAACAACAGUAGUUAAAAGAAAGAAGUUUGAAUUUAUAUUAUCAAAACCAAAAGUUCAAGAAAUGAAGCAUAUUGAAGCAAAAGAAAAAGAUGAACCAAAUGUAGAUUAUUUAAGAGAAGAUGGUCCAAUUCCAGAUCCUAGAAUAAUAUAUUCAAAUACUUUUGGUAAUUUAGAUGAAUCAUUUAAACCUGUUGAUGAAGCAAAUGAAUUAUGUGAUAGAUAUGAUGUUCAAUUAACAAAUACAUAUGAUAAACAAAUUCAAUUAUUUAUUGCAGAAGUAAAUAAAAUAGGAUUAAUUGAACCAAAUGAUAAUUUACCAACAGAACCAUUAUUUGGAGUAUUUUCAAUUUAUAACGCUGAUGAAACAGAUCCAAAUAAAGCAAAAUUAACAGAAAAUUUUUAUAUUGAUAUUAAUACAAAUGAACAAAGAGCUUCUAUUAGAGAAUUAUCAUGUGAUGAUGCACUUAAUAAUGAUUUAAAUAAAUUUUGUAUUGGACUUAAACAAAAUAUAGCAGAAAAAUCUCAUUUAAAAUGUGUAUUAAUGGUAUAUAAAAUUGCAGAAAGUGAUCAACAAACUGCAAGAGAUUUAUAUGUUGCAGGAGGUAAAGAUUCUAAAAUAAAAAUAAAACAACAAAAUAAAAUAUUUACACAAUUAAAUAAACAAUAUCUUGGAAUUGGAUUUGUUGAUUUUAAUGAACUUGUUAAUGGAAAAAUAAAAGGAAAUAAUCUUCCAAUAUUUAGAGAAGAUAUUGAUUGUCCUAAAGAUGUUAUUUCUUUAUUUGAUACUGAAAAAACAGGAAAAUUAAAAAAAAUGAUUAUUGAAUGGUCAAUAAAUAUUAAAGUAUUUGAUAAAAAAAAUGAUAAAAAGAAAUAUCGAUUAUUAGACCCUUCUGGAUUUGAUUUGAAAAUAGGUAAUUCUAAAUCAAUAAUUUUAAGACAAAUUGAAGACUUUACUAGUCUUCAAGAUGAAGGAUUUUAUACAGAUUAUGUUAAUAAUGUUUAUAUUUAUCCAACAGAAUUUGUUGUUCCUGCAAAAGAACGUAAAAAAUGUAAUUUUGUUAUUACAGUUUAUAUUAGAGAAGAUGAUGAUCAAUUUCAUAGAGAUAAUCAUUUGGGAGUAUUUUAUAGUACUACUUCUAAUGAAAAUUCUUUUAAAAAAUCACAAAAAACAUCUGUUGGAAGUGGUGGAAAAAAUGAUACAUUUAUGGAUGAAAUUAAAGCUAAAUUACCAACUAAAUUAACAUCACAACAUCAUUUAUUAUUUGUUAUUCAAGAUGUUUCUUUGGAUAAUAAUGGAAUAGACGAUAAAACAGAUAAAAAUGAACAAAAAGAAAAAAAGACAUUUUUUGCUUCACUUCCAUUUCUUGAAAAAGGAAAACUUAUUGAUGAUAAAGAAUAUUUCCUUCCUAUCUUUAGUGGACAACCAUUUGAAGGAUAUUUAACAUCAACAUAUAAACCAUUAGUUGAAUCAACUGAUAAAGUUAAACCAGGAUUAAAAAUUCGAUUAAAAUUUAUGACAAGUGUUAAUGUUCAAGAUGAGACAUUACAUAAUUUCCUUGGUGCUGUUAAUGAAGCAUCAUUUAAAGAAAGAGAUGGAGGUAAUAAUAAUGGAAGAACAAUGAUUGAUAUGGAAAGGAUGAUUGAAAAAACACUUGAUGAAAUGAGAAUUAAAACAGAUAAAAAAACAUUAAUACAUCAUUUUCCAUUUAUUAUGCAAUCAUUAUUUAAUAUAUUUAAAAAUGUAAAAGAUUCAGCAAAUAUUUUAAAAUAUGUUCUUAGUGUAGUAGAAUGUGUAAUGAAAGAUGAUACUUCAAAUCAAAAACGACCAAAAAUUUUAGUAAGUUAUAUUGAUUAUUAUUUUGAAAAACCAAAUAAAGGAAGUAAACCUAUUUUUUCAGCAUUAAUGCAAUCAUUAUUAAAAUUAUUUACUGAAAUUAGUGAAUAUGAUUUUCAAAGUUCUAAAGAAUCACAAAAAUUACAUACAAUUUCAAUAUUAAAAAAUUCAUGGUUUUUCUAUGAAUUAAUUGUUAAAUCAUUAACACUUGAAAUGGAUUCAUCAGGAUUAUUAAAUAAUCCUAGUAGUUUAAAAUUUUUUAGAAGUCAUAUUUCAAGUUCAGAUGAGUAUGCUUCAUUUUCUAAAACUCUUCUUAAAUUUGUUGAUGUUCAUAGUUGUGUUAUGAGAAGAGUUAUUGGAAUUGCAACAGAAAAAGGAAAUAAUGAUUUAUUUAAUUAUAUCUUUACUGCUAAUUCUCAUUUUGCAUUAUUUUUAACAGAUUUAUUAAGAAUUUAUAGAAGAUGUGUUAUAUUAGAAGCAAUUGAUAGAUAUCUUUCAAUUGUUGCUAGUGUUUAUGACCCAAUUUCAUCUACUUAUUUUUCACCUGUAGAUAAUGAUUUUAGAUAUGUUGCUCCAAAUAAUUUAUUCUUCCCUAAAAGUAAUAAUAAAGAAGAAAUUGCACAAUCAAUGAAUGGUAGACAAGCAGCAGAAUUAUUAAGAAUAGAUUUCUUAUCUAUUUUAUCAUCAUUUCCAUAUUUUGUUGAAGUUAGUGUUCCAGUAGUUACUCCAACAAAAAUUAAUCAAAUUCAAUGUAGUUUAAAUCAAUAUACUUCAAUUAUUUCACAACGUCAUAUAUUCUCAAAUAUCUUUUGUAGAAAUAUGUUAUUAUUACUAUCAAGAUCAACAAAAACAGCAAAAUAUGCAUUAUCUGUGUUAUUAAAGAAAGUUAUUAUGUUAGACACUGAUUCUAGAUAUCAAAAUCCAAUUAUUAAACAAUCAAUUGCUGAAAUGUUCUUUUGUGUUGUUUUAUAUCUUGUUGAACAAGAAAAAAUGCCAACAGCAAUUUGGGGAAAUGAAAAUACUCAAUUUAAUGAUACUGAAAUAGAAGAUUUCUUUAUUAUAUUCAUUUGGAUAUUAAAAAAUAUUAAUAAAAAUAUGUUACAAUAUUAUAUUGUUUCUGAAACAUCUGCUCAUAUUGCAUCAUUUUUUGAAAUUAUUAAACAUUGUCUUAUUAUAUUAACUAAAGAUACUAUUGCUUCUAGAAAUAUAGAAGAAGAUGUUAAAUUUAAAAGAAAUACAAUUAUUGAAUCAUUUAAAGAUGAUACUUCAUUAUCUACACAAAAUUCAAUGAAAUCUAAAAGUAUAAAUAGUCAUAGUCAUAAUAACUCUUCUUCUAUUUCAAUUGAAAAAAGUUUAAAAGAUAAACUAAAUCAAAAAAGUUAUACUCAUUGGGAAUUAGUUAAAGAUGAUGUUUCAUUAGUAAUUUUAGAUGUUAUUGAAUUAGCAUUUAAUGGAUUAUUUGGAAGAGAAAAUUGGUUAAUGCAAAAUCUUACAAAUAUUAUUUCAACUACAAUGUUUAAAAUUACAUUUACUGGUCAUUAUGCAAAUUUAUUCCUUAGAUUUAUUAGAAGAUUAUUAACAUCAAGAGGGAAUUAUAUCUUUAAAGAAAAUAUUAGUUUUGGAUUUAAUCUUUUAAAAUCUACUAUUUCUCUUUGUGACAAUGAAGACUAUGAACUUAGACAAGCCGCUACAAGUGUUUUAUAUUUAUUUGCUAAAACUAAUUAUCAAGUAAAUGGAGAUACUCUUUCAAGUAGAGUUUAUGCAAUUAGUUCUAUUGCAGAACAAAAUAAAAAUAAUUAUUCAAUUAUUUCAAAAGCAAUUGAAGUUCUUCCAGAAUGGGCACAACUUGAUGCAACUGCAGUAUCACAAAAUCAUUCAACAAAUGAAGUUGAAAUAAAAAAUAGUAAUGAUAAUGAAAAUAAACAUAAAAACGAUUCAAUUAAAAGAAAAAAAGAAUUAAUUGAAAGUAUUGAUAACGAACGUGGAGGAGAUGGAAGAUGGUGGGCAAAGAAAAGAAUGUUAAUUUAUUUAAAAAGAAGAUGGGAAAAGUCUAAUGAAACUGUUCAACUAAUUGAUCAAAUUUUAGAUAAAAUUCAAGACUCUGUAGAUAAAGAAGGAAAAGUAGGAGAAUUAAGAAGGAAAGCAAAUGAUCAAGCAAUUAAUAUAUUAACAUUAUUUAGAAAUAUAACAGCAAAUGUUGCAAUUGAAACUGAUUAUAAAAAAUUUGUUGAAUGGCAAAUGAAAAAAUUAAAUGAAUUAAAAGAAGAAUUAGAUACAUUUGAAAAAAUAUAUAAUGAAUUAAUGUCUGUAGGUGGGUCUAUGGGAGGAAGUGUAUCUGAUUAUAGAAUUGUAGAAAGUAAAGUAAUUGAUUUAUGUAAUGAUCGACAACAUGUACUUGAAUCAGAACAAAAAGCUAAAAGUGUUGGAGUAAUAAAAAAAGAAGAAUUUAUGAAAGAACAUGAAACUCAAAGAGAAGUUAUUGCAGAAGAAUUUUCAUUAAUUUGUAAAAGACUUGCAGAAGGAAAAGAUAUGCAAAAUACUGCACAAAAAGCAAUUGAAGAAUUUAAUAAAUUAAAAAAUAAAGCUGGAAAUGCUCAUGAUAAAAUGAGAGUUUUAGAUGGUGCUAAUGGUGGAACUAAUGUUUGGGAAGUAUUAUUUGGUCAGUGGAAAAGUAUUCUUCCUAAAACUACUGAAAUUAUUCAAAGAAUUAUUGAUUUACAAAUUAAAUUAAAAGAAUCUGAAAGAGAGCGUAUUGAUAUUCAAGAAAAAGUAUUUGGUGAACUUGCAGCAGCAGAAGAAUAUGUAAAAGUUGCAGCUUUUGAAGUUGAUGCAUUAGAUGUAUUAAGUUUUGAAGGAGAUGAUGUAAAAGAAAUGAAAGAAUUAGCAGAAAGUUUAGUAAGAGAUUGGCCAGCUAUAGAAAAAUCAGUUGAAGCAAGUAAAAAAUGGUAUGGAAAUGGAAUAAAUGAAGGAAUAAGAAGAAAUGAAAAAAUAAUGUUAAGUGGAUUAAAUGUUAAAAUCGAAAAUAUAUCAAAAGCUAAAUUAAUGGAAGCAUUAAAGAAAUUUAAAAGUAAAGAUAAAGAAGAAAGAGAAAAUCAAAAUCGAAGAAAUGAAUAUGCACAACUCUAUACUAUUGUUAUUGAUCUUGCUAAACGAGGAGAUGUAGAACCAAGUGCUCAAGUAAAUGAAAUUAGUAAAAAAAUAAAAGAAAUUGAAAAUACACAUACUAAAAACCUUCAAAGUCAAUGUAAACAACAAAUUGAUGAAAUUAUUAAAAUUGUAGAACAAAAACCUAAAUAUUCUAUUCUUCUUCCAGGAAUUGAAUCUAAAGAACAAGCUAAAGAACAAAAUAAACAAGAAGUUGUUGUUGUUGAAAAAUUUGAAGAAGAAUUAUUAUUACUUAAAAAUGAAAUUUCUAAAAUGUUUAAUUAUAUGAAAGAACAUCAAAAAUUAAUUGAUGAACAUGUUGGAGAAGAUGUAAUAUUUGAUAAUAUUUUUUCAUUUGCUCAAGAAUAUUCUAGAGUACCAUCAGUUCAUUUAAGUUGGUAUAAAACUUUAUCAGAAAAACAAGGAGAACGUGGUAAUUAUGUUGAAGCAGGUAUUUGUGCUGUUCAUUUUGUUUCUUAUAUUUACAAAUAUUUAAAAGAUAAAAUACCAUUAUUGAAUGAAAAUUAUUUAACAGAAAUUACAACAGAUUUCUUAGAUUAUGAAAAACCUUUAUUAAGAACUGACUUAGAAGAGUUAAGUGAACAAUCAUUGGUUACUUGGGUAUUCAAAGGAAUUGAUUCUUUCCAACAAGCAAAUCUUCAUUCUUUUGCUAUUGCUUUAUGUUAUUUUAUAAUUCCAUAUUUCUCUGCUAAUCAUGAUUUUAGAAAAUUAGCACAAACUCAUAAAAGAAUUAAUGAAUUAUAUAGUUAUAUGGUUGAUCCUAAUAACAGAUAUAUUGGUUAUUUCUAUCUUGUUUCAUUCUUUGGUACAUUUGCUAAUGCUGGAAAGAAAUAUGUUUAUAGAAGUACUUUAAGAAUUAAAGAAUUCCAAGAAUUAUUAAUUAAAAUGCAUCCUCAAGGACAAAUUCUUGAAUCAAAGAAAGAACCUGAUCCAUCAAAAGCUCAAAUUAGUGUUAUCAAUGUAUCUCCAUUUAAUAUUGGUGGUGAUUCUACUAAGGGUGGAAGUGAUUUCCCACAUACUUCUACAUUUUGUAGUGAAAUUAGAGUAGUACUUGAUGGUGCUAAACCUGAUGUUUUAGAAAAAGCAUGUAAAAAGAGAACUAUUUUGAAAUUAAAACAUUCAUUCCCAAGUGUGUUAGAAAGAGAAGAAGUUAUUGAACAAACAAACAUGAUGUUAACUCCAAUUCAAUCAUCAACUGAUGAUAUUAAUUGUAAAGUUGAACAACUUGCUACUUUAUUAGAAAAAAGAGAAGAAUUAAGACUUUCUACACUACAAGUUUUAUUAAAAGGUAUUUUAUCUGCUGAAGUUAAUGGUGGACCUGGAGCUAUUUGUAAAACAUUUUUAAAUAAAGAAGGAUUAGAUAAAAAAUUAUAUCCUGCUGAAGAUGUUCAAAAACUUUUUGAUGUUAUGCAAAAUUUACUUGACAAUUGUAAAGAAGGACUUGCUAUUCAUAAAGGUCAAAUGAAAGCAGAAGCAGCAGGUUUACAAAAUAUUUUUGAAUUAGGUUUUUUGCAACUAGAAAGAACGGUAAAAGAAUGUAAAGUUCUUGUUGAUGAAUAUGUUAAAAACGAAAAUUCAAAAUAA